AUGAAUAAACAAAAUAUCAUUAUUAACGAAAGUGUGAUGAGGCAGCUGGUUGAAGCUGGUUACACUAAAGAAUAAAGUGUUUUGGCUAUAUAGGCAACCAAUUUAUUCGGUGAUUGUGAAAACCUAAAUCAAUACUUAUCCAUUGCCAAAUCCAAUUAUCAAGAACUAUAUUAAAUGGUUCAUGCUUAAGAUCAGACUAAUUAGUCUUUUACCAGAUCUUAAUAACAAUAAACUGCACCCACGUAUUACAAUGUAAUCCUUUCUACUAUAAUCAGAUGGAAAAUUCUACCAAAAGGAAAACUAGAAUUCCUUCUAUUCCAGUGGGUUUAGUCAAUAUUGGUAAUUUAUGCUACUUCAAUUCACUUCUAUAAUUGAUGUUAAACAAUCCUAUUUUUGUUAAAACAAUAUUCGAUUAUAAAGUACAAUAUAGUAAUGAUGUAAAGCUUAUUUUUCUAUUAGAAAUUUGAUAACUUUUUGAGUACACUUUAAAAACUGUUUGCAAAUUUACUCAUUUCAAAUUCAAUCUAUUAUGAUGCAAGUGAAGUAAUUUAAUUUAUGUGGUGGGAUUCAAAAGAUAUAAAAUUGGUAGGGCAUUAGUAAGAUUUCAGAGAACUAUGCGAACUAUUCCUUUCAAAAGUAGAUCAAUCCUUACAGGAGAAGGAGCAACCAUCACCUCAAAAUCAAUUCAAUCUCAACGUUAAUGAUUUCUUCAAGAGUCAAAUAUUAAAAUAAUAAUUUGUAUUGACUAAUGAGAGAGAUACAUAUCAAAUCUUCAUCCUUGCCAAUCUCAGCUAUGGUAAUAUAUACAAUACUUUAUAUCAUGAAUAUGGAUAACAGAAGUUAACUACCAUUCCAGAAAACCUGUUCUUUUAAAUUUCAAGAUAUUCCUACAAUAGAAAUACUUAAAAUAUGAUCAAAUCUACUCAGGAUUUUAAUCUCCACUCAGAAAUCUAUGUUGAUUUUAUAAUGCAAGAUAUCCAUUAGGUACAUAACAUAUUUCAACGUUUUAAUGGAACUAUAAAUGGCAGUCAAUAAAUAAAUCUAGAUUCUUAAAAAGGUAUCUAUAUGUUAUAAUUUCCUAGUCUCAAAAUAUAUAGCCUCAUUUAACGACAUUAUUGAAUAUUAUUCAUUAAUUUAAAAUGAGAUUAUGGUUUAGUAAUUGACAUUAGAUUAAGACAUAUUAAAAAUAUAAUAACAGUCAUCUGAAUAUUAGAAUAGGAGAGGAGACUAUUAAUGGUUAAAUCAACAAUUAUCGUAAUUUUGCUUUAAAAAAUACUAUCUACAUAGUAUUGUUAUUCAUUUAGGAAAUGCAAAUCAGGGUCAUUAUUUUAUCUAUAUUUAUAACUUUUCAAAAAAGUAAUGGUUUUAAUAUAAUGAUUCUAUUGUAGAAACGAUAUCUGAAAGUGAAGUCAUGAGACUAUCCAAAAAUAAUGCCUAUAUAGUUACUUAUGUUAGUGAAUAGCAAAGAUAACUUAUAAGGCAAUAGGAAGAUAUUGUUGAGCUCAUUUAAUAAAACGAUUUAUCAAAUGAGUUAUAUGAAAAUCUAGAACUCUUAUAAAUGAUACCGCAAAAUUUAUUUAAGGAGAUUUACUAACAAAAUUUGAAUCUCACAAUUUGA